AUGGAUGUAAGAGACAACCCGUUCAUAAAAAACAGAUCCAGCACAAGAGUUACUAACGCCCCAGGAGGAAAUUCCUCAGUAUCAUUUGGAAACUACGUAGAUGUUGAGAGUAAGAAGAGCAACAACAAAAAUGUGAAUUCAAAUCCACAAAAUAAUGAAAAUGCUGAAGCUGCAGGGAACCCUGAAAUGAACAAGAUGCCAUCGAAAUCAGACAAAAAGACUAACGUGAAGGUUAACCAACCCCCAGGAGGAGCAUCGAGCAUUAUAUUCGGUUGA